CUUUUCUUGAACCGCCUCCGCUGUAUCGUCCCUACACUCCCCUCCACCUAGCUAUAUACUCCAAACCCUACAUGCUUAUGGCUUCACUUCAUCGUCCACUGUCCCUUCUUCUUCCUCUUCUACUACUCAUAGUCCUCUCCGAACACUUGGGAUUGGAAGCAGAAGCUCGUAAUCUGCAGAAUCCGACAAAGUUGUUCGUCUUUGGGGACUCGUAUGUAGAUACCGGCAAUGUUGGGAGAGAUGUGGGGAGUUCCUGGAAACAGCCGUAUGGAGUCACCUUUCCCGGAAAACCAGCCGGCCGUUUCUCCGACGGCAGAGUCCUCAGUGAUUUUCUUGCUAAGUAUUUGGGUGUGAGGUCGCCGCUGCCUUACAGAAUGAGAAAUUUGAUGCCACAAUAUGUGAAAUACGGCAUGAACUUUGCAUAUGGUGGCACGGGGGUUUUCAAUACCGCUGCUCACUUCCCAAAUAUGACUGUCCAGAUCGAUUUCUUCCAAGGUCUCAUCACAGACAAAGUGUUCGCCUCCGCUGACCUCGACAACUCCGUCGCUCUCGUCUCCGUCGCCGGCAACGAUUACAGUUUUUAUCUCGCCACAAACGGCACCGCUGAGGGGGCGCAGGCGUUUAUUGCGUCGGUGGUGAACCAGACGCUUAAAAAUGUUGCUCGAAUCCAUGGAUUGGGAGUGAAGAAAAUUGCAGUGAGUGGUCUUCAACCCCUAGGGUGCCUCCCUCAGACGACAGCUUCAUCGUCAUUUUCGCGGUGCAACUCCACCUUUAACAGCUUCGCCACUCUCCACAACACCCUCUUAAGCCAAGGUCUGGCCAAAUUGAAGGAAGAAGCCAACGACAAUUCCAUCGUUGUCGUUCUGGACCUUUACGACAGUUUCAUGUCCGUACUGAACCACCCCUCCACCCAUAACAUAGAGAACCACUUCAAGCCUUGCUGCGUUGGUGUGAGCAGCCAGUACUCGUGCGGCAGCGUGGACGAGAAGACCAUGGCCAAGAAAUACACAGUUUGUGACGAUCCUGAGUCGGCUUUCUUUUGGGAUUUGGUGCACCCAACGCAAGCUGGAUGGCGUGCCGUUUAUAAUAACUUGCGGGCCACCAAUGCUCUUCAACAACUCCAAUGCUAGUCUCUGAUCUUUUCCCUCAAACUCAUUUUCACCCUACAAAAUAAAUUUGGGGGGGGGGGGGGUCUAUGUCUGUUGUCAUAUUGAUCACCGGUUCUUCUGUUUGUUUGUAAUAAUAAUAAUAUGCCCCUUCCAUUUGUUUAAUCAGUUACGUUAUUAGUUGUUCUUGUCAUUUGUAA